AUGGACUCAGCCGGAAUAUGCGAGUUCACAGGUACAAAAAACGCAGAGAAAGAGGCGAUGAACCAGAAGGUAACGGAUUAUUUCAACGAGACAAUAGAACGUCGAGAAGACGGCUACUACGUACGGCUUCCGUACAAAGACAACCACCAUCCGUUAUCAAACAACAGAAAUAUAGCAGUGAAGAGACUUCACAGCGUAAUCAACAUGUUACGGAACGACACAGAUCUCCUGAAGAAUUAUGAUAACACUCAUCGGGACCAGCAGAAGGGAUAA